GCCUGGUGCCAUUCGCGUGCACCUGCCCAUGGAUCGGUUGACACCUUCCUUGACGAUCCAUCGUGCUGUCGAAAGGAAUACGGAUAAAGAAUGGCGGUGUCAUUUUCACCUCCUCUCUUGUCGCGUUUUGCGUUUCUAUCUGGUCUUGAAUUUGCGUUGAUGGAGAUGCGUUAAAGCCAUGCAUUGAAGUCAGCCCAUUUCCGUGCAGUCAUUCCGUCCUAAUUCCGCGUAUUCUAUUGAGCGUUAAGCAUGGGAACUGCAGAGCUCCCUUCUGAAGCUGAUUCCACCGUUUCAGAAGCCAUUGACUCGCAGCAAAUCCAACCGUCUCCCCAGGAUGUUAAAAAAGAGGAUAUCGAAAAGCAGGAUGCUCGAGGAAUUGAAGAGAAGGACGACAAUAGUGGUGGUGGAGAUGGGGAUAGCUUAAACCUCGUGGACUGGGAUGGCGAAAACGACCCUCACAGGCCGGUCAAUUGGCCAAAUGGGAAGAAGGCGAAGAACAUCAUAGUCAUAUGCUAUUGCACAUUCCUAACGCCUUUGGGUUCGACGAUGUUCGCCCCAGCAAUCGCAGAUGUAAUGGCAACAUACCACUCCUCAAACCCACUGCUAGCCUCCUUUGUCGUCUCCGUCUGGGUAUUAGGUUAUUUCUUCGGGCCCCUGUUUCUCGGACCGCUGAGCGAGUUGUACGGAAGACUCCCCAUCUACCUAACCUGCAACGUACUAUUCACCGUGUUCAACAUCGCCUGCGCGGUGUCCCCUAGUCUCUCCGCUCUCAUCGUCUUCCGCUUCCUUGCGGGGACUUUUGGAGGAUGUCCGAUUACCAUCGGCGCAGGGACAUUCGGCGACCUCAUCAAACCAGAGAAUCGCGGGAAGAUCAUCGCAAUAUGGUCUCUGGGGCCGCUCAUGGGACCAAUCCUCGGUCCCAUUGCAGGUGGCUACAUGGGGCAGAGCAUCGGCUGGCGAUGGAUAUGCUGGGUUCUCGCCAUCGCAUCUGGUGCCGGGGCACUCGCAUCUUUUCUCCUGCAAGAAGAAACCUACCCACCAACGCUCCUGGACCGCAAAGUCGUGCGACUGAAAAAGGAAUCCGGAAACCCGCAUCUCCGCACAGCCUUGGAUCUUGAUCGAAAAGCAUCGCAUGUUUUCGCGCACGCCAUCAUCCGCCCUCUUCGCCUUCUCUUCCUCUCCCCAAUCGUUGCAAGCCUUUCCCUUUACCAAGGCGUCAUCUACGGCUACAUGUACCUUCUCUUCACCACCUUCCCGCUUGUCUUCCAAUUUCAAUACCACUUCAGCCAAGGCACAAUCGGGCUAACCUACCUGGGCAUGGGAAUUGGGUCUUUCAUCGGGUUGUUAAUCGGGGGGAUAGUGUCAGACCGUCUUUUAAAGAAACUGGCAGUCCACGGUCGGUUUAAACCAGAGUAUAGACUCCCGCCGCUUAUCCCGUCGUGUUUUUGUAUUCCCGUGGGACUGUUUUGGUAUGGAUGGAGCGCACAGUCGAAGACACAUUGGAUUGUACCAAUUAUUGGAACAGUUGUUAUUGGCAUUGGUGUGAAUAUGCUAUUUAUGUGUGUCGCAACCUACUUCAUCGACGCGCACCCCCUAUACGAAGCCUCCGCCAUGGCGGCCUCCACAGCCGUCCGCUCACUCAUCGGCGCGCUAGUCCCACUCGCUGGCCGCUCUAUGUACGAAGCCCUCGGAUUAGGAUGGGGAAAUUCGUUGUUAGGGUUUUUGGCUCUGGCUAUGUGUCCGCUACCUUGGGUAUUUUGGAAAUAUGGGGAGAGGAUCAGGACGAAUCCUAGGUUUCAAUUGAAGUUGUGAGAUGGAGGGGUGAACGGAAGGGUAAGAGUAGCG